GGGCUGAUGGGGACAGGAGCUGGGUCCUGCAUGGGAACAGUCCACACACUGGCCCAUUGCUCACCAACAGAACGAUGGGGGAACAUACCCGAGACCAGACAAAUGUUGUCCCUCUUUUCCAUCAGAGCUCUGUCAGCUCCCACAGAACAGUUCUCUGCCUAAUUCCCACUGGAUCCCAAGACCACUGUCCACAGCUUUCUGCAGCCUCUCCUCCACUGGUAAACACCUCUGCCCUGAUCCCAUAUCCUCCAUGGGAAGCAGUAGGAAGCAGUGAAUAGGUCCAUCAUGUUGCCUUUGCGAUACAGCAGCAACCAUGGCAGUGCCUGGUGCUCAGUUAUUGCCUGCAUAGUUCUGUAAAGCCAGGAAGGCUCGUCUGGAUUCAUCCUCACACCAGUGGUCUCGAGACAUGAAUGUUUGCAUGUUCACCUCACUCAUGAGAACCACUUAGGGGGAGUUCCCCAUGAGGGUAUGCAGAGAGGCUGGAUCAGAUGGAUGUGGAGUGACACAUGGACAGAAGUCACCUUUAAGGGAACGGCACUGCCUCUGCCCUGGGUUUGCCCAGCACAGGACGGUGCUGCCAGGCAUUCAGAGCUGUGACAGGGACAAACAGCAGGACCAUGGCCAGUGUUAGGAGAAAUAACUCGUCCCCAGGGAGCUCCUGGGCUUGCAAAGAGCUUGUUUGCUCCAGUGAGAUGCAGCCUUUAAAAAAACCCUUCAUUUUAACUGCUGCAAUUUCCCCACUGGCAGCAGCAAAAAGGCAGCGACAGGAAUAAAGCCUCGGCCUUAGUUUUUAAGUGUCUUUUUUAACAAGCGUUAAUCAACAGUAAAAUUAAGAGGCCCCUGGAGGGAGCUACCAGCAGCCCCGGCUGACUCACAGUGGGAAAUUUAUUGUGUCACGGAACUCAUCUGCAUUUCCUCCCGCAGGCGGAAAGGGAGCGAACAGGAGAUGUUUGUAGGGAAAAGGGGUGGAGAGCAGGGAGGAACGCGGGCCAGAGGAGCUGCUUUGGUUAUAAAGAGCUAGGGAGGCAGGAGAGCAGCACUUCAGCCGCUGCUGGGUCCGCAGCGGGCUCUGCGAUGGCAGACAGGAAACCUGAGUCACUGCAUUCCUCCAUAGGGCUCUUGGGCAUUUCCGCAGGAGCGCUCUUACUGGCGGUGCAUUUCUACAGCUUGCCCCGAGCAGCCCCUCUGAUCCCCAGCACAGCUCUGGGCGUCCUUCUGUUGGUCUUAUCAUCUCUCUUGGCAUAUGCAGGAAUUUGGAGAAGCCUAAGAAAUGCCUCUGUGCUCCUGUCCCUCUGCCUGACCAUCUCAGUGUUCUGGUGUGGCUAUGGAGUGGUCUUCAUCCUGGAAGGGCAAGGAGUUUUGCAGGAGACUGGUGAUUUCUGCAAUGCCGUGGUGCCUGGCCUGGUCACCUUUACUUUGGCACUUCUCAUUAUUGCAGUGGUGGGCUUCCUGUGCAGAGAGGUCAUCCUAGCUAUGAUUGCUUCUGCUGUCUCACUUGCCAGUGCUCAUGAAGUUGCCAUGUAUUAUAGCCCAGCUUUCGGUUCCUCUGCUGUGGCUUGCAAUUAUAUGGUUGUCUGCUUGGCUGGUGGCUAUUUUGCUCUGGGCAGGAUUCUCUAUUUCCUAACCAAAGAGAAAGUUGCCCUCCCUGGCACAGAUCUGGCCAAGAAAAAGAGCCAUGAACAGAUCCAACCCUCCAAUGGCAGUGUGAAUCCCUUUGCAGUCACAGGUCUCAUCCUGAACAUGCUGUCUGCCAGUGUCUUUGGCUGCAGGCUUCUGGGCGUCACUGGCAAACUCUUUAUUGGUCAAGUGCCCUGGCUGUGGGCAGCUGGGAUCUACCAGAUUGGCAUCUGCAUCUUAUCAUACCGUGCCAUGGAUGUGCUUAUGGCUACAUUCUUUGGUUUCACUUCCAUCCUGAAAUUGGCUGGAGGCUAUUGCCUUCUGUACCCAACCUGGCAGCCAGAGGAGCCAUCUUUCCCUACCCCAUUCCUGGUGGUUUUUGCAAUUCUUUUUGCUGUCUUGGCUCUUUUCCUCACCCUGAAGAGCCCGGUGGAUGGCCUCUAUUUGCUGGUUUAUGUGGCCUACUGCAUUGCAUUAGCUUGCCGCCCCAAGGGGUUUUUUGAAGGUGGACCCCAAGGUGUGGAUGUGGCCAUCUUUGUGGCCUCAGCCUUGAUGACGCUCAUUCACCUGUACAAUGUGAAAGCAAGUGCCAAGAUCCCAACAGGGAAGGGUGCUGUGAAGGCCUUACUUGCUCGCAGCUCUUUCCUGAAGCUUCGUGAAGGGCCAGACCUCCAUGCUCCCUACUUAGGGUAUUCCAAGUAUGCGGAUGCAGAAGUACUUGGCUAUGCAUGCAGUGUCCUCGCUUCUUUUGCUAUCACAAUGACAGGGGACCCACAGGCUCCGCUUGCUACUGUUGUAAUUCCAUGGGUAGUGGUAGCUGGUGGGAUCCUGAAGCUUCUAGGUGGCUCAGUGGCCUUUGCCCGGGGUAAAACCCUGGAGAGCAGUGCCUUCAUUCUCUAUGCUGUCAUGUGGAUCAUCUGGGGCUUGACAAGAUAUGCUGGCCUCUAUGGAACUACCAGAAGCUUCCACGCAGCAGUAGGCAUCAUUGCUUUCAUGCUCUUCAAUGGUUUCAUUGUCUUCUGCACACUCUUCUUAAGCAUCGCCUGGUUCUUUUACUCCCUCACCUUCUUCCUCAUCACCGUCAGCUUCUUGCUGGAUGCCAUCCAUGCUCUUCCAGCUGGCUAUGACAUUGCUGCCACUCUCAUCUUUGGUCUGGUCAGCUUUUACUGCUUCCUGUCUGCCCUUCUCAACAGCAUCUUUGAGGGUUCCUUCUUACCAAUGGGUAGGCCCAUUGUGCAGCUUAGUGGUGUGGGGGGAGGAAUGACCAAGUGCCUUCACCUGCCUGCCAGGAAAGCUUCCUCAGUCAAGAGAAUUGCAGAUAUCCUGAAGAAUGGAGGGACUUGCGGCAUCCCCACAGAUACUGUCUAUGUGCUUGUGGCAGCCUGUAACCGCCCUGAUGCCGUGGAGAAAGCUCACCAGUCCAAGCGCCAAGCUCAGGAUCGCCCCAUGUCACUCUGGAUUUCUAGCCUAAAGCAACUGGAACCUGCGAAGCAUUUGUUCAGUGCCCUCCUCUGGGACUUCAUGGAGGCUGCUUGGCCAUCUCCUAUUAGCUUGGUGGUUCCCAGAGGUGAAUGGGUGGACUUCCUGGGGAUGAAGGACUCUGCUAAAUACGUGGGUACACCUCAGAGCGUCGCCAUCCGCAUCCCCGACUGCUCCGUCACCACACACCUCAUCGACUUGGUUGGUCCCAUCGUGGUCACAUCAGCUAAUCCAACGGGAGAGGCAGACACAACGCACCACAACCAAGUGUAUGCCAAGCUGGGAGAUAAGGUGGAUGCAGUCCUUUGUGAUGGGCCUUCUCCAGAGAACAUUGCCUCCACUGUUGUGGACUGCACCAAAAUAGACAGUGGAAACAUAGGGUUCUUCAGAGUCGGUAUCAUCCCCAAGUCUCAGGUACUGCAGAUACUGGAGGAGGUGCAGAAGAAACACACUUUGGUUCCUAACAGUGGUCCUUGCACCACAAAAGGCCAUGAAGAACAUGGGAAUCAUGGCCAUGCUGUGCACAAUGGGGUGGGAAUGGCUGCCUCAGAAGAGGCAGUGCCGGUGCAGCCCCACGACGAUGGCUGCGAGAAUCACACUCGCCUCUGACUCUGUGCAGGUCAAGCAGUUACGUGCUCAGGAGGGAAUUGGGUGCUGGAAAAUGACAUAUAGGUCACAUGUGGGGAAUGGGAGAGGUUUCCCAGCUGUGGGGUGAUUUACUCAUCUUCCUAUACUGCUAGAAUAUCCCAGUGCAGCGCUGAGUGACACACCACAGUCACAUAGAAGUACAAUUUUCACUUACAGAGACUUUCACUGAAGAUCAGACACAACCAAAGGAAGUGUUAUACCAUGACCAGAGUGUCAGAGCUUUAUUCCUUCCAGGAUGAUUUAAUACCUUCAGUUUGGGGCACAGAAUAACAUGAAGUGUUUCAUGAUUAUGUGUUGGUGGAAAAUCACUGCUUGAAACUUGACGUGGGAGAAGGGAAGGUGUAUUCAGGUGCUGUGCUGUGAAUACAGUGGACAUUCUGAAAUAGGUGAGGCAAAGCGUGGUCUCAGGAGCUGGGCUGUCUUCUGACACAUCUUCUCAAACGGAGCUCACAGAACCCAACACUAAAAAGAAAUGCCAUUAGCUGAGGUGCCUUUUUCUGUAUUUCACUCAGUGUGAGGGUGGAAUCACCGUUCCGAUGAGUCCAAUAAUAUCUCCUUAGAAGUUCUAGAGCAUUAUGGAAGACCCUUCCUUCCCACGUUAUCUUAGAGUAUGAAUUUCAGAAGGCUCAUCUGCACUGCAUUUGAGGAUGCUAGAAGCUGGUCUCUUGCCCUACAGCAUAACUGUACACAUCUCAUUGUACGUUUCCUCUGGAGUGCAGAUUUAGUGCAGAGUGGUAGCUGCUGACCAGGAGGAGGCGAAAAGAAGUUUCAAACCAACAUGAAGAGUUUUCCUUGGCAAACACUGCGUGGCUGCGCAGGUAAUGGUGCAUUUAGUCUCUGAGAACUGUUGAUCUUAUUCUUACCUGACUCAGGUGCAAGGUGCUGAUCAAACUCCAGUUGAAACCAAUGAAACCAACACCCCCUCAAGGCCAGGUUGGAUACAGGGGCUUGGAGCAACCUGCUCUAGUGGAAGGUGUCCCUGCCUGUGGCAGGGGCUUGGAAUGGGAUGAUCUUUAAGGUCUCUUCAACCCAAACCAAGCUGGGAUUCUAUGAAUGGAUUCAUUGAUUUCACCUGAAGUUCUUCUGGAACUUAACCAUAAAUGCUGUGCAGUCAGAGGAGCUCAACCUCUACGAGCUACAGGAACACCAGGUCUUCCCAGCUUGUUCUUACAGAACUGGCUGUCUUCCUGCAGAGAAAGAAAAUGCCAGAUAAUCGAGUUUGUUGAAGAAUUUUGCUGGUCUAUUUACUGUAUCUCUUUGGAAUUUAUCAAAACUGAUUUUUAGAAACCAAUAAAAUAUUUUCAAUACA